AUGGGGAAGCUCCUGCGGAACCCGUUCGGGAUCCUGCAGGACUUUCUGGCCUACGCCUUUUAUCACUACGGCAAGCUGAUCUUCAACCGACCGCGGCUUUUCGCGUUGGGACCACUUAUUCUGACUAUCAUUUUAUCAUUUGGCAUUCUGAAUGUUCGGAUUGAGGUUAGUUUCAUUAUUUCUUGAAGUGAUUUUGUUGAUAAAAAUUUAUUUUUGUGAAGUUUGUGGCAUUUCAAACCUUAUUAGUUAUAAAUUCCUUCAUUUUUUUGGAAGUUUAUUAAAUUCUUGAUGAGCAGGGAAAGCACAAAAAUUUCACAUCGUUCACCGAAAAAGUUCUUUAACUAUUUUCAAAGUUUGAAAGGGAUAAAAGUGCUCAAAAGGUAAGAAAAACUUUCACCAAACAACUUUUCGUCGUCAAAUCAACUAGAAAAUUGAACUGUGAAAGAAUCAAUUUUCAAAAAACGCCAUUUUUCGAACAAAAAACUUUUUUUCGAAUAUAAUGAGUAUGCGAGUUAGCGUCGUUCUGUGUACGCACCAAAGACGACAAAUAUUACGGAAAUUCAGAACGCCCACGGCGCAAAAAAAUUGCUCCAAAACUAAAAUUAGUUAUGUUUUGGAGCUACUUUGGCCGUUUCUGCGAUGAACACGCCGUUGGCCUUUUUUUCGUAAAGUAUAGUGUGUCGUGUGCAUGCACCUCGGCGCUCUUACACAUGCCACGUUCAAAACAUUUUCCCGGAAUUAUAAAUUUUCUCUCAAUUUUUAAAAUCAAAUUAUAGUUUUCACUCUCUGGUGACUAUUUUUCACUAUUUUUCACUAGUUUCAAACGUCUAUGUGAUUCUAAUUUUCUCAAAAUCAUCUUUUUGAAAAAUUUUCAGGAAUUUUUUUUUUUCGUAAUUCUUACCCAUUGAUAUUUUGAUCCCUAUUUAUCAACUUUCAGGACGAUCUUCGAUUUCUGUACUCGCCAUCUGAUUCAUUAUCCCGGGUUGAAUACGAAGCUCACAAAGUCUUCAGUGGUGAUUCUUCCAAUAGGUCUCUUUUUUUCAAUUUCAAAGCGGUUAUGAAAUAUUUCUAUAUUUUUAAAUAAGAGGAGCAAAGUCUUUCUAAAGUUAAGCAGACCAAAACUAAUAAUUAAUUUUUUUUUUCGAAGAAUCAUUAGGAACCAGUUUGUUUUUAGUCUCAACUUAACCUAUUUUUUUUUCUUCGUUUCAUUUUGAACCUCUCUAUCAAAAUUUCAGCUCUUUUGUGAGUCUCACCGUCGAAAGAAAAGAUGAAACCGACAAAAACUUGCUCACGAAAGAAAUGGCGGAAGCCCUGAAGAAACUCAACAAAUUCUCCCUGGAAUCGAUCAAAAUCGAACUCGGCGGCGAAAUGGUUAAAUUUUCCUAUGAUUGUCGGUUUAUGAUUUUUAAUCCAGGUUGAUUUUGGAAAGGAGAUCUGUGCGCCUUCAACGGAAUGCACCAAUAAUAACUUGAUUGUCACGAUUUUCCUGGACACUUUUUGGAGUGAAAAGGUCGGGUUAAAUUUUUUUCAUUUUUCGGAAGAGUUUUGUUGGAAUUCGUUUGUUUAAACAAGGCUAAAAACGGCGUUUUUCCGACGAAGCCACGCCCACUUUUUCUCCGUAAAAUUUCGUGUGUCGUGUGCAUGCACCGCGCCGCUUUCACGCAGAAAAAAUUGCGUUUAUGUAGAGAAUUCGAUUCGUCUCAAAGACCUCUGGCAAUACGGCGGCCUGCGCCUUUAAUAUGACCCAUUUACGCUCUUACACGAGGUGUCCAAAAAUAAUGGAUUGAGAAUAUGAUGAAACUUGGUAUAUAGGCACUUCAGGACACCCUGCUUCCAAUAAAGUUGAGAAAAAGCGCGCUUUUUGCGUUCUAGUCGAGUUAUGGCAUCUCAAAGUUUGUACGUGAAAAAUGCAUUGGAUAGGAGGAGGGAAUCUAUUGCAGCGGCUAGCCUCUGCAGGGAAGAGGUGGCGUGGUGUAGUGGCUAGCGGCCUGCGCUGUGGGGCACAUGAUGCGGGUUCGACCCCUUCUGGUGACAUUCAUUUUUGCGCGAAAUCUCUUGACGUGGGAAAUUUGUUUGAAGUUCAUAAAUGAAUCCUAAUAAGUUUUGAAAGUAGUUUCGAAGGCUCUGAGUUGAAAAACCCUUCUGAAUUUUUCUGCUUUAUUAAAUCACAACAAUCCAAGUUAACAUUGUGGAAAAAAAACCCUAGACUUUCUAUAAAAUGUCUUUUUUCGACAAAUUCUUAAAAAUUCGAACAUUUCCAGCUCCGCCAAGAUGCCAGAAUCUCCAUAGAAUACCCGACGAUGCAAUUUUUCGAAAACAAAUUCUUCCUCCCAACCCAUUUCUACGGCGUCACCCUCGGCGGCAAACUCGGCAUCGAAUCGAUCGAAAUGGUCCAUUUGAUCUACCUCGUUCCGUCAUAUAAACAUGUAACUUUUCUGAAAGGUUACGGUAUUUUAAAGAGAGUUACAGUACACCUCGGAUGAGGUCUCCAAAGCGUUCGAAAAAUCGCUCAAGGAACACCUUGCCAGAGACGACGUUCCCUUCAAAACCUCCAUGUUCAGCUUGUCGAUUCUGAAGGUGAGGCCUUUAGGGCUCUUGCUCAUGUUAGCUGAGGAUUGCAGGACGAGAUGCAGAAAAACGCAACUUAUACGAUUCCAUUCAUCUCUUUGACGAUCUUGCUUCUGAUGAGCUUCACGGUUGGAUCUUGGUGAGCGAUUUUUGUGAGAAAGUCAUUUUUUGAGCUUGACUACGGUAUUUAUUUAUCGUUACAGUAUCCAUUCAGAAUAUUACCGUAACCUUCUUUGGUAGAAAAUCUUUAAAAAGCUUAAAAAAACAUCAACAAAAUUCACUCUGUAACUGUGUCUAGGAGUACCGUCAUAAUGUAAGAAUUUUCAAAGUCUUGAUUAUUAGAACUUGACUACAGUAUCGAUUUAUGGUUACAGUAACCCUACAGGAUCUUACUGUAGUUUUCUUUGGUAGAAAAAAAAAUUCAAAGAGCCUUUUUAUUAAAUCUUGAAAUACCAAUAUAUUUUCGUCUUUCUUCUCAAAACUUGACUACGGUAUCGAUUCAUUUUUACAGUACCCCUUCAGGAUCUUACCGUAACCUUUUUUGCUGGGAAAAUCUUUAAAAAGCCUCAAAAUCAUCAACAAAAUUCACUUUGUGCCCGAGUCUUGUAGUACCAACAUUUUUUUUUCUUCUUCAAAAUUGAUUAUGGUAUUGAUUUAUUGUUACAGUAAUCUUUCAGGAUCUUUAAUCCUCUUUAGUAUAAAAAUCUUCAAAGAGCCUAAUUAUCAAUGAAAUGCGCCCUGAAACUGUGUCAUGAAAAAAACCAACAUAUUUUUGCCUUUUUUCUGAAAACUCGACUAUGGUAUCGAUUUAUUGUUACAGUAAUCUUUCAGGAUCUUACCGUAAUCCUCUUUAGUAUAAAAAUCUAAAAAAUAGCCUAAUUAUCAACCAAAAGCGAUCUGAAACUGUGUCUAGGAAUACCGUCAUCAUUUCAAAUUUGACUUUUGGGAACUCGAUUACGGUAUUGAUAAAUGGUUACAGUAACCCUUCAGAAGUUUACCGUAACCUUCUUUAGUGAAAGUAUCUUCAAAAAGUCCUAAAAAUCAACAAAAUUCAAUCUGAAACUGACUUGACAUACCACCGUUUUAAAUCUACCGUAACCCUGUCCUACUGUAGCAUGACGAGUGACUGGGUGACGUCAAAGCCAAUCGAAGCGAUGACCGGAAUUCUGACGUCAUCGAUGGCCAUCGUGUCCGCUCUCGGCCUUCUGUUCGCCUUCGGAGAGCCUUUUAUCAACCAGGUGGGUGUUGCUGCUUGUUGCUCAUGUUAUGAAGGUCGGUUUCAGGUUACGGUAAUGCCAUUCAUUGCACUGGCCAUUGGGGUCGAUGAUGUGUACGUGAUGCUCGGUGAGUGGAGGUUCAAGUGGUCACUUUAGGAGAUUUUUAUGAACGAAGCCUUCAAAAUGAUCGAUUUCGUUGCAGGAGCCUGGCAGGACACGAAAAGGUCGUUGCCCCCGGAGAAACGUAUGGCCCUGGCCCUUUCCGAGGCAGGAAGCGCCAUCAGCGUGACGUCACUCACGUCGAUCUUCUCCUUCGGAAUCGGAACCUACUCCUCCACGCCGGCCAUCGCCAUCUUCUGCCGAUUCGUCUGCGUCGCCGUCAUGUUCGAUUGGUUUUAUCAGGUUUGUUUUGUUUUUUCAGUCGUUUAGAAAAAGCUUCAUCUUUUUCUGUAAAGUUUUAACUGGUUUUUUGUAAACUUGCUCAAGAAUAAUUGAUUACCAGCAGGUGCCAGAGUGGAAAUGAAAUUUUAGGUCCUUCUAAAAUGUUAUUAAGUACUAUCUUCAGAAAAGGAAGAUGCCUAUAAAAUUGACGGUAGUGUAGGAAAAAUUUCGAGCCCAGUCCUUAUUUAGGUCUGUUCAGAUUAGUCAAGUCCUCUCUGAAGCUCCGCCCCUAAGGGGUGAUGAACCAAUUAGAGAGCUAGCAAACCACUGAGCGUUUCCGAAUGACGUCAUUCCACUUGACACUAAAAAUCUAAAGAAACUAUAUAGUCUGUUCAGAUUUCGAAUGUCAAGUCCUCUCUGAAGCUCCGCCCCUAAUGGUGCGAUAAACCAAUCAGAGAGCCAGCAAACCACUGAGCGUUUUCGAAUGACGUCAUUGCACUAGACAUUCAAAAUCUGAACAGACUAUAGUGUUAUAAAUUGCUCAAGGUUUCUCAAAAAUUUUUUACGGCUGCCUUGAGACGCUAAGAGGCGUGGCCUGUCUGCGCUCUCCACCAACCAAACACUAUCUCUCAUUUUAUCGUCUCGAGAUAGGGACCGCAGACCAAUUUUCAAAAAAUUUUUUUCAGCAUUGAGCUUUGUAUGGUUUGAUAGCUGUUUCGAUUCAAAACUCAGAACCGUUUAGUUUUUCGAAAAAGAUUGAGGAUGAAAAAAGUUAUGACGAAAAAUGUGGCGCGCCGCGCACCAUUUUUUUAGUACUGAAAUUUUGGUAUUAUCCAUUUUUGACAUUUUUCUCGAUUUUUCUUCUAGAACAAGUUUUGAUACUGGUCUAUUAUGAUGUAAGAAAUCAUAAUAGAGCUCUAAAAUGAUGAAAAUUAGCUAGUUUGCCGAAAAAGUCGGUAUUUUCCAGAAAACAAAAAACUGACGCUUGCGGGCAUCGAACUCGCGACCUCAAAAUGAAAAAUCGCAGCGCACGCGCUGCGCCAAGCUGCUAGGUCUAGCAAGGGGAGCUUCCAUCCGCCUUACCCUUUGAGCCGUUUAGAUAGCACAGAUUGCCUAUUUCAAAAAAAUAAAAAAACUUGAAGUAAUUCAGCUAUUUUUUUAUCAGAAUAUGUUCGCAAAUCUUUACUCAAACUUUCCGUGAAAAAUUCACUUCGAAAAAAACUGUUUUUUUAGUGCUUUUUUUCCUCGUUUAACGACCGCUGCCUUAAAACGGCCCCGUAAAUUUUUUUGGCAAAGACGAAUUUUUUUAUUUUAUUCUUUUUAAUUGAAAGAUUUUUUUCACUAAUAAAUGUAUAUAAUCGUUUAAAAAAACCUGCGUUCGGCCGCUUUCUGUGUGAUAAACGCCGCUAAUUUUAUUCUCUAGUUUCAAGAGCAUUUUUUUGCGUAUUAAACAACUAUUUCAAGCACAGAUACUGUGAAGAAAAAAAUUUAAGUAAGGCCAUGAUCUAAAUUUUUAAAAAAACAAAAAAACUUGAUUAUAUUCGCUUAUUAACGAUAUUUUUGAAUUAUGACUUUCGGCGCUCCCUAAAAAUUUUUUUGGCAAAGACGAAUUUUUUUUAUUUUAUUGUUUUAAAAAUUUUUCGUUACUUGAAUCAAAAAUCAUUAUUUAAAAAAAGAAAGAGUGCGUUCGACCUGAAAAACACAUGAAAAAAAGCAAAAAAAUGACAAAAUUUUUUUAGUUCCAUUCACGUUUUUUUGUACGACAUUCCGCGAGAACGCAUCAAAAAAAGCGUGAAAUAUUUUUUUAAACGAAAGAGGAAGCUUUUUCUGUACAUGUGUGUCAAAUUUUAUUCGCCAGUUCCACAUAUUUUGCAACUACAACAAAAUGAAAGUUGAAAACCAAAAAAAAGCCACUUUUUCUAUCGCGAAAAGGGGCGUGGCUUUGCGGUCCCUAUCUCGAGACCUUUUUUUGGUGGCCUAAUCCGCCGUGAAUCAGCUUUAUCAUUAAAGUAAUGUUCCUUGAAUCGGCAGGAUAAAAAUUGAAAAUUUUCUGCAAAAUAUAAGCUUUUAGCUAUGAGAAAAUUAGAUUUUUUGUAUAAAUAAAUCCAUAUAUCAUUGAUUUAUACGCCCCUAGGUUCAAAAAAUGACUUUCAUUUUGGGCUUUGAUGGAAAUAGACAAAUCAGCAGCUUUCAAGAUGAAAAAUUAUCAUUUUUCUUUUUUUGAUUUUUUUACAAUAAAAAAAUGCUGAUUUUUUUCGAUUUAAAGAUUCAUUUUUGGGCCAUAUAUUCCUAUAUUUACACAACUCAAGAUUCAGAAAAAGUCAUAUCAUUAGACGAAACUUCAAAAAAAUUGAGUUUUGGAACUGAAAUUUCUAAAAACCGAUUUUUUUUUUCCAGUUGACUUUCUUCACCGGUGUCAUGGCUUUGGGAGCUCGCCGUGAAGCCGCCGGCUAUCACUGCAUUUUCGUCUGGAAACGGUGUGAUCGAGAGGAAAUCGAGAAGGUUUUUCUUGAAAAUUUUUCCAAUCACGCGGCGUUUUUUCGACGACGCCCACUUGUUCUCCGUAAAGUGUCGUGUGUCGUGUGCAUGCACCGCGCCGCUUUCACGCAGAAAAUUGCGCUCAUGUAGAGAAAUUUCGAUUCGUCUCAAAGACCUCUGGCAAUACGACGGCCUGCGCCUUUAAUACGACCUGUUAUUUACGCUUGUUUCCGAUGACGUCACGUGGGAACGGCGGAUAUUUUGGCUCCGCCCACCGUGUUUUUGGUUUCGCACUUCCUUAAGGCAAAAUUUAAGGCGAAAAGUCCGCUGGCGAUAUCGCCGACGCGAUAUUUCUUCGAAGAGAUUUUCGCGCCCUUCAUUUGUAAUCCAUUCACGAGGAUCGGAGUGGUGAGCUUUAUUUGAAAUGAAAAAAAAUCGGUUGAAAUACAAUUUAUUUAAAAAAAAGAAGUUUCAUUGGGUCAGUAUGAACAGUAUUUUAAGGAAAAACCGCUUUUCUUUCUAUUUUUCAAAAGAAAGGGGCUCCACUUCAAGAAGUUGAACGUCACCUAAGUGAACGCUUAAGGGAGGUGAAUAGAAAAACGAUCUUCCCAGAUGCACCACCAAAACUUAGGAGUGGCCACUUUAGGGUUUUGACGUUUUAUUAGCCACUGUAGUAGUCAAAUUAGUAGACACUUCAGGGGUUGAUAAUUAGUGGCCCCUAUAGAGGUCUAAGUGCUACUACUAUACUAGGAAAAUGUUAGUGGCCACUUUAAGGGUCAAUGGAUCAACAUAACUGAACUAAGAAUAACUGCCGAGAUAAACGCGAGACAUUGACGAGCUCGCAAACAUCUCGCGCCGGUUUCGCAUUAGUCUGGGCGCGAGCUCGCAUUUCUCUCGCAAUUUGAAAAUUUCCGAAAUGCAAGAUAAAUGCGAGAUGGCGCCGAGAAAAAUGCGAGGUCGCGCCGAGAGAAAUGCGGGAUCGCGCCUAGAAAAAAGCGACAUUUUUGCGAGUUAGUCAAUGUACCGCCACCGAGCUCGCGUUUAUCUCGUCAAUUAUUCUUAGUGUGGUCCAAUCUGUUUCGUUUUUAAAUUAUCAGAGUUACUGGAAGGAAUACUGGAUGAAAAACUACUCAAGUGGCCACUAAAACGGAAAAUAGUGACCACUAUAGAGGUGGGUUCAGUGGCUACUUUAGUGCUCUCUCCAAGUAGUCCUUGGCGAGCCUCUAUAGUGGCCACUAAAACGGAGAAUAGUGUAGAGGUGGGUUCAGUGGCUACUUUAGUACUCUCUCCAAGGAGUCCUUGGCGAGCCGCUAUAGUGGCCACUAAAAAUUUUCCCAGUACUGCGGAAACUUUUCUAUAGUAAUCGAUCCAGUGGCCACUUAAGUGGCUGAAAGUUAGUGGCCUCUUUAGAAAUGGGAAAUUAUUAGUGGUCACUUUAGGGUUUCGAAGUUCAAAUGGCCACUAUAGUAGUAAAAAUAGUCACCAAUCAAGUGGCUAAAAUUUGGUGGCGCCUUAAGAAGCCUAAGGAGGAAAUGUCUGAAAAAAAUUAGUGACAUCUUUAAAAAAAUCUGAUUUGUACUCCUAACCACUAAAACUACUACAGUGGCUACUAAGAAGCAGAAUAGAGAUAGAGGUGGUAUUAGCGGCCACUUUAGUGCCCUCUCAAGGCACUACUUGAGGAGCCACUAGAGUUUUUACUAGCAGUUUUCAAAGAAACUGUUAGAUUUUAUUACAGCGGUAUCGAAAAAAUUGAAAAAAAAUAAUCUUUUACGGAUUUUUUCGCCAACAAGUUCAAAUUCAGUUGAUAAUCUACGUGAUCUACCUCUUGCUGUCCUUUUACGGAUGCUCGCUUCUGACGCCGAAUUUGACGCCUUCAAGGCUAGUCGUCGAUGAUUCGCCCCUGAUUCCUUACCUACACCUCGCUGAGUCCAGAAUUUGGGCUGAAGGCCUCAUCGGCCGCGUCUACGUCAAUAAUGCACCGGAUUUCAGCAAAAGCCCGGAGCAGGUCCGUUGAAACUUCGUCAAAAAAUCAAAAAUGAAUUUUUUGGGACAUUUCGCCAAUUUUAUGAGGUACAAAAACAGUUUUGAUAUAGUCCCUCCGCCGCGCCUUUACAGUUUUCGCGUGUCUGCGUCUCUCUGUUCCCUCACCGGCAAGGUCAGAGAAACAUGGAAAUAGCACGUAAACAUGAGAGACACGUCGAGAGAUAAAGAGGGCGCAGAGAAAUCCCGACCUUUCCCGACUAGAGGAUCGAGAAAAAUGAAUUAAUUUUACUGUAAACUUUUUUUUGGUGACGUGUGACGUCAUUCUGUUCAAUCAAUGACGUCACUUCGUUUUCUUAUCUAGAAUUUUUUUUCGAUUUCUCUAGUAUAGCUCCCGACUCGAAAGUUUUCGCGUGUCUGCGUCUCCCUUUUCUCUCCACGAAAAGGUUAGAGAAACUUGAAAAUAGCACGUCAUCAUGAGAGACGAGGAGGGCGCAGAGGAAAAUAGCAGUUUCGAGUCGCGAAAAAUUUACUAUAACACUAUUUUUUGGUGUAUAACCAUUGCAAAUUGAAUUUUACCAUUUUCGCCACGACUUGAAGAAGUCUGACGUGUCUGCGCCCUUUUUCCUCUCACCGACAAGGUCAGAGAAACAUGGAAAUAGCACGUCAACAAGAGUGGGUAGUCGAGAGACGAGGAGGGCGCAGACAAGUCCAUGCCAUUUAAGUAGCGUAAAAUUGACUAUAACGAUAAUUCUCGAUGUACAACCGUUUCAAAAUAACUUUCAUUAUUUUUGCCUUAGGGAAAUCUAACCUGUCUGCGCUCUCUUUUCUCUCGCCGACAGGUCAGAGAAAUAUGAAAAUAGCACGUGAGACGAGGAGGGCACAGUGAAGUUCCGGCCUUCAAAGUCUUGAAGAAUGGGCCAUAGACACGUAAAUGGAUUCCCAAUAAGUAUGACGUCAUUUAACUGAAAAUGACGUCAUUCGAAAUGAUUUUUUAAAUUUGAGCCUAAAUUUUUUGGAAGAAUCUUGAGUUUCUUUUUGUAUUUUUCUCUCUGAACUCUAUGAAAAUUGGUAGAAUUUUCUAUGACGUCUUUUGAUGACAUUUGUAUGACGUCAUAAUAAGUUUCCCCUUCAGAUGGAUCGAAUAAUGCAACUGGUGAACGAAUUGGAAUCCACGCCCUACUCCAUGGGACCCAAUUCGACGAGUUUUUGGCUCAAUGAUUUCAAUAAUUAUCGACAGUUUUUCGCCCAGGACGAUAGCCGGUAUGACGUCAUCUUCCUUCCCUAAUGACGUCAUUUUGAGAUUUUACGAAACGCUGCACUCCUUCCUGCAAGUGUCGUUCAACAGCCACUGGCAGACCAACUUGAUCUGGGACACUGCUAAUCGAACUUAUCAGGUACAAGGAUCUAAUCCUUAUCAUUAAUUUUUUUGAAUUAAUUUUAAAGUUUCAAAAUUUUCUGUACACUUUCUUCCAUACCUUCUCAGGAAUAUUCAGCAUUUUCAGUGUUUUAAAUCAUAUAAAUCAUGAAAAAUGUUGAAGAAUUGAAAUCUAACUGAUAAAAAUCUCUAGUGACCACUUAAGAGGCUCCUCAAGGACUAUCUAGAAAAACACUAAAUUGGCCACUUCAGAGGCUCCUAGAGAGGACACUAAAGUGGCCACUAAGACCACCUCUAUAGAAACACAUAAAUUGCGUUUUAGUGGCCACUAUAGUGUUUUUAAGUGGUCUAGUAAUACCAAUAAGAAUUCUAAAGGGUCGGCUAAUUUUCAGCCACUCAAGUGGACACUAAUUUGACUGCUAAAGUGGCCACUUACAUGUCAAAACCCUGAAGGUUCACUAAAAAUUUUGACAUAGCGAUUUGAAAAUAAUUGCUAUUCAAAGUGUGCGCAGUUUGCAGAAACUCCGCCCAUCGAAUUUUUUUCAAGUCUUGUUUUUUUUUUAAUUUUUUUACAACAAGAAUAAGUGAGUUAUGUAACCAUUUUUGUUCAUAGCGAUCUCUUGACGACGCCCCGCCCACAAUUUUCGUAAUAUAUGACGUCCUUGGUGCAUACACAGCACGGCACUAACUUGCAUUUGUGGAAUUAUCACGUACCGUAAUCCAGAAAAACUAUAACUUUUUGCAUUCAUUUAAUUUUUUUAAUUUUUUCUGAUUGGUUUUCAUCUUUUUAUCAUUGCUUUUUAGCAGCAAUGUGAACAUUUUUGAAAUAUUUAGAUUUUUUUCAAAUUUAGUAUUUUCCGUUUAGAUAUUGAAGAUAAAUGAGCAAAUAUUCACUGUUUCUCUUUUUUCAGCUUCAAAAAAGUUUUUUUGUCCAUUUAAAAUUGUAAAAAUUUCGGCAGUAUGUUACAUUUCGUCGGCGGUAAAUGCACAAGAAACAUCAUAUUUGACGAUUUUUAGGGGCAGAACGUAGCUCUGGAAACGCCGUGCACGGCGUUCUUGUCAGUGAAAUAAAAUGCAAAAAAAAAUACCAGGAGCGGGCCUCCUUAAAUCGUACGACUACAGUAGUUUUUAUCUGUUCAGGACCCGUUUUUGGAUUACAAGACCUACCCUAUAAAGUUCUCUCUCAAGAUUUACGGAAAGAGUUAAUUGAAAAAAAAAGCAUAUUUUUUGCUUUUUUCUUUAUUAAUACUUCUUUUAACGUUUUUUCUAUAAGUACAAGUUAUUAUUCAGUUCCUUUGACGUAGUUUGAAACCAGUUUCGUGUAAAUUAGUGCCAAGUUGAACUUGCUGAUGCAGUUUGAAGGCUUUGUUAUAUGAAUCAUCAAAAUUAAAUUUUUUUUUCUAGUUUUUUGAUGGUUUUUCGUAUUUGAACAAACAUUUUGCUAUACGAGGUUUUUUCUAAAAUUUCUGCUUUUUAUCCAUUAUUUGUUUUUCUGGAGUUAGGUUUUCAAAGUAUAUAAAAUGUUUCUUUUUUCAUUUGCUCCUCGAAUUUUCCUCAUUUCAAUAUUUUCUGUAUUUAUAAUUGCUUAUUCAAUGAGAGCUGAUUCACCUUCAUAAUAUUUUUUGUUUUUAUUUUGUAAUCAGUAUUUUAGAGUUUUCCCCUUUCGAAAUCGUUCCUAAAUGUUUUUUUAACGUGAGUGAAUGUUUUUUUCACAUCAUAUUCUUCAAACUGACAAGAUUGCGAACAUUUCAGGAGUUAUUACCCUAAAACUGCAAAUUCUAAAAUUGAAAAAAACAAUUUUGAGUAUGCGAUAGUGCGCCUCGGUGUGCUUACACCCUAAGCAUCAUAAUUUACGAAAAGUCUUGACCUUGCGUAACAAAAAAAAAAGCCGUGCGUUUCAAUACAGCCUUUUUUGCACUACCUUUGUCAUUUUUUCAUGCCUUUCUAACCGAAACAAACGUUUCAUUUUAAAAUAAGCUUCAGAAAGGCGCAAGAGUCGAGAAAUUCCUCUUCACGACGGCCUUCAAAAUCGCCGAUUGGAAUGUUCGCAGCGAGUUGCUGCUCACGUGGAGGAACAUCACUGGCCGGUAUCCCGAGUUCGAUGCCCUCGUUUUCGAUGAAAACAACUUUUACAGUGAUCAGGUAUUUUUUUGAAUGGAUUAUAGAAAAUUUUUCAAUUUUGAGAUGCUCGAACUUCAAACGACGAUCUUGUCGUCUCUUGGGACAGCUAUUAUUACGCUCAUGACAGGUUUUAUUGAAUUUUAAUGAUUAGAAGGUUUUUUUGAAGUUGAAAUGUAUUGAAAAAAAAUAUACAAAAUUCAAAAUAGCCGUCAAAAAAGGAAAAGAUAACCGAAAAUAGGGUCAAUUUUGAAUUUUUUGGAAAAUCUUCAAGAUUUCUAGAGUAGUCCCUAUAGGAAUUUAAAGUCUUUGCCCUGAACCCCUAAAGCUCAAGUGGUCCCUAUAGGGAUAAGCGGAACAAACAGCUCUCAUAGGAGGUGAAAAAGUGAUCCCUAUAGGGAUUUAAACUCUUACCCCUAACCUUUAAAGCUCAAGUGGUCCCUAUAGAGAUUAAGGGAACAAAAAGCUCCCAUAGGAGCUGAGAAAGGGGUCCCUAUAGGGAUUUGAAGUCUUUGCCCUGAACCCCUAAAGCUCAAGUGGUCCCUAUAGGGAUAAGCGGAACAAACAGCUCUCAUUGGGGCUGAAAAAGUGAUCCCUAUAGGAAUUUUAAGUCUUACCCCUGAACCUGUAGAGCUCAAGUGGUCCCUAGAGGGGAACUCCAAGGACCCCUAAGGCUACCCCUAUAGAGACCACUAUGAAAUUCAACGGAAUGCCUUCAUAGCUAAAUUUUUUUGAGGCUUCAUUCAUUCAAAGCUUUCUGAUAAGAAAAACUAAUUGUUGAACUUUUUACAGUCUGUAUCCUGUUCAUCGCCGAGUCUUCGAUCGUCUUCUGGGUAGCCUUCACGUUGGUCUCGAUGGACAUCGGGACAGCUGGAUUUUUGUCUCUCUGGGGCGCCGAUUUGGACCCGACGACUGUCGUCAACAUUUUGGUGAUUUUUUUUGGUUUAUUUAGGAAACAAAAGUCAUCUUCCUACAUAAAAAAAAAUAAAGGAAGCUUUUCCAGUCAGCAUAUUUUAACCAAAGGGACGCAACUGAUUUUUCGAAUAAGUUCAAAAAAAGAUCGAUAUCUCUUUGAAAAUGUUGUCGGAAGAUUUUAUAACCGAUAAACAACUAGCUAGGGACAAAAAGAAGCGUCUGUUCAAGGUUGGAUAUUUUUUUGAACUUCAUUUGAAAAAAAUAAGGUGUUUUUUUGUGCUCCAGAAAAAGAAGCUUCAUAAUUUUUUUCACUCAGAUUUUUUUUCUAGUUUUUAAAAAAAAACCUCUAUUUUCCUCAUAAAACGGCGUUCCCAAACAGGGGGGGGGGGGACAUCAAAAAAAUUUUGGCGCGAAAAUUCAAAUCUCAAUUACGCAGCCAAAGGCGAUAGAACAAACAAGUUAUUGACAUUGAAUACUCAGUGCGAUUUGUGACGUAGUAUGACGUCAUUUUAUCCGGAGCGCGCACUUACUUUUUCUUGUAAAUUCAGAAACUUUGACGCCUCGCUCACCUUCCCUCACCCCAUUAGGAAUGUCGUGUAAAAAGAUAUAGCUGAUUCACGGUUAGCUUGGGAUGCUAAGGGGCGUCUCUCUGCACUCUCCACGAGGCAGGCACUGUCUCGUGCAUUAUCGUGUCAGGACCCUUUUUUGGUUUGCUCAAGACAGCCGUGAAUCAGCUAUAGCUUGGGACGAAAAAAAGCGUGGCCUGUCUGUGCUCUCCACGAACCAGACGCUGUCUCUUUUCUAAUCGUGUCAGGACCAUUUUUUGAAUGGUGAAGCCAGCUGUAAAUCAGCAACAGCAGGUGGAAAUGGACUCAAAGAAAAGAAAGUUAUUUAGAAAAAAGCAAAAUUUUUCUCAUUCGGAGGCAUUUAUCAAAUUUCUAAAUAAAUUUACGGAGUUCCAGAUGUCAAUCGGACAGUGUAUCGAUUUUUCAACACAUGUCGGGUACAGAAUCUACCGUUCCGAGUACGAAGAUCCUGAUGAGAGGUGCGAAUUAUGGAAAUGUCGCCGAAAAAAAAGUUUUUUAGGAUUCGCGACGCUUUGGGGGCGAUCGGAUGGCCGGUAGUUCAAGCUGGAACUUCUACGUUACUAGGUUAUUUGAUUUUCAUUUUUCAUUUAUGAUCAACCUGGAGAUCCUUUAGGGCUUUCUAGGCUUCUGAAAUGCCCUUUAAAACUUUAAAAGACGUAUUUUUCAUAUCUUUUUCCAAAAAUCAUUCGAUUUUAUUCAUGAAAUUUGAGAUUUUUUUUUUUAAAUUCUAAUACUGCGAAAUUUAUUUUCUUUUCCACGGGCAAAGUCCAAACGGCCUCAAAAUCCAGAACUCUUUUUUUCAGUUCCUAAAAAUUAGUCAAAAGUUCCUCUGAAUCACCUUUUUUCCGCCUGCUUCUUUUUUUUUUGACCUAGACAGGUCUUUUCUAGAAAAAAAAAACAAGGAAAAAGACUCGGGCAAAAUCGGAAUGAUGGAUAGUCGCCGCUAAAAGGGAGGGGCUCAAAAAAGGCCGCGGAAAGGCAGCAAAAAGAGUCCCUUUAUAGAGCCUCUCAUUAUUUCUGGAGGCUCAAAAAAUGGUGGAAAAAGGAAGAGGCAGCAAAAAUGGUACAUAAUAGCCGAUGAAAUGGCCCUAAAAGGCAGCAAAAAAGGAACAUUUUUAUGAAGCAUUUUUCCACCUUUUCCGACUUUGCCUAUGAUGCCUGUAAAGGCCUUUUCCCAGAAUCUUCUUUUCAAGUCUUUUUGUACUUUUCCCAUGAUGUUUCCGAUAAAAUAUGCUCCCUAGGAAGCGUUUACCCCCCCCCGCCCCCCGCGCGUUGAACUUUCGAAACUUGCCUAAAGUGUACUUUAGGGCCUUCCUGAUUCUAAAACAAAACAAAAAAUUACUCGCAUUGGAUUUGGUUUCCGAUUAAGGGCGCUUCAAACGUCCGAAUCAGCCUUUUUGUCAUAAAUUGCGUCUUUUGCGAGCUUUGAAGCGUAAAAAAAAGUUCAAAUAGCGGCUGAAAAACGUUCCCUUAUCAGUAUCGUUGGAAAAAUUCUCAUUCUUCCUUAUUCCUCUCCAAUAUUGAUUUUACAGCAAUAGUUGUGAUGAUUCUGGUUCCUUCAAGCGCUGUCAGAAUGUUCGCCAGGACUUCAGUUCUCGUCGUUGCCACGGGACUUUUCCAUGGCCUCCUGAUCUUGCCGAUUAUCGUUAGGUUUGUUGAUCUCUAUUUUUUUAUCUUCAAAGUUUGAAAAAUUUAAUUUAUUACAAGUCAAGUUUGAAAAAAAUAUAAAAAAAUUAAAAAGAAAAAAACGAUCUUUUUACAGAUUGAUAAGAAUUAGGAAAAGCUUAAGAGCUAACGGAACAGUUCUUAGGAGAAAAAUUAUUGAUUUUUUCAUGAGCCGUAGUGACCACUUAAGAGGUCCCUCAAGGAUUCCUUGGAGAGGACCCUUAAGUGGUCACUGAAACCAUCCCUACAGAAGCCACUAUUUCCUUCUUAGUGACCUAGUAGUACCAGAUAGACUUGUAAAGAGGCCACUAAAUUUUAGCCACUUAAGUGGCCACUAAUACAACCACUAACCCGUUAGUUUCUUAAAUUUCAAUUUUUCUUCUCAUUUACUGAAAAUUUAAUUUCCAAAUUUUCAGAUCAUUCGCCCCACACGCGAAAGCCCACAAGCCGAGUCAUCAUUAG